AUAUAUAAUACCUAUGCAGAUUUACAUGCUGUUUAUGUACCUUUGGCUCAACAACUUUGUGAUUGCAUUUGGACAAAUGGUCCUCGCUGGUUCCUUUGCCUCCUAUUACUGGGCCUUUGAAAAGCCCAAAGAUAUUCCUCAUUUCCCGAUAAGUGGAUCUGUUUGGAGAACUCUGAGGUAUCACACUGGAUCACUUGCAUUUGGUGCACUCAUACUGGCAAUAAUUCAGUUCAUUAGGAUUGUACUGGAAUACCUCGACCACAAACUGAAAGAUAGUGAAAAUGUAGUGGCCAGAUUUUUUGUUAAAUGUUUGAAAUGCUGCUUCUGGUGUCUAGAAAAAUGUGUAAAAUUUCUAAACAGAAAUGCCUACAUAAUAGUUGCAGUUUAUGGAAAGAACUUUUGUUCUGCAGCAAAAGAUGCAUUCUUUCUGAUACUUCGAAAUGUUGUAAGGGCUGUUGUACUGGAUAAGCUUACUGACUAUGUGCUGUUCCUGAGCAAACUUGUGGUUACUGCUGCAAUUGGAGUUGGAUCCUACUUCUGGUUUCAGGGAAAGGUUGAUUUCUUCGCCAAUUAUGUGCCUACCCUCAAUUUCUACAUCACACCAAUUGUGAUUGUAAUCAUAGGUACAUUUCUGAUCACAUGUGCCUUCUUCAGUGUCUACACAAUGGCAGUGGAUACUCUGUUCCUUUGCUUCCUGGAGGACUUAGAAAUGCAUGAUGGCUCUGCAGAAAAGCCUUACUUCAUGAGCAAAGGUCUUAUGAAGAUAAUUGGGAAAAAGAACAAGUUUGAGGACCCAGAUGAUAAUGACAAAAAAGGCAACAAAUCCAAAGGCAAGAAGGAAAAGUAG